CUAACGGCCACGGCCUACCAAGUUAUCAAAUUUUCAGCUAACCAAAGCGGUUGUGAAGUGUACGCGCCACCACACCGCAACACCCGCCAAAUCCCGAUUGCGUAAAAAUGGUGCUGACUUGCUGAUCAUAUCUGAAAGCAACAACACCGACUUCUCUCAUACGUUUCACACUUGCAAAUUAGGGUUUUUGAAAAUUCAAAUUUUCAACCCACGAACUUGGAUCAAGAGCCCCAACAUUUGGGGCAAUUGAAGAACCUAGGGUUUGCUCGACCAAACUUCAAUCAAUCAUCACUACAAAGAAGCAGAACCUAGUUCGUUUCUGUAUCCGAUUGAGCUAGGGUUUCUUGACCUUGGUUCAAAAAUGGAGAUAAUCGGCGACGCGCUUCGCCAGGCGUUCAUGCCGAAGCACGAGUACGAGAGCCUUCGGGCGGAAGACAGAGCGUGGGUGAAACUUCAGAAACCACUGCUAAUGGCGUCCAUGGGGUUGGUCUGCCUCGUAGUUGUUGUGUGCACGGUUAUCAGCUUGAACAUUGUGUUUCCGGCCGACCCGGCUAAGCGGCCGUUCUGCGGCGACCGGAGGCUUAAUUCGUUGCCGAUGAAUGUGAGAGGCGGCGAUUCCGAUCCGUUUCCGGGAGCGUUUUAUCUUACGGAUCAGGAAAUUGCGGAUUACUACUGGAUGGUUGUGUUCAUUCCCACCUUGAUCAUUUUCUUGGCUACUUUCAUGUAUCUCGUUGCGGGAAUCACCGUUGCUUAUUCUGCUCCAACAAGACAUGGAUGCUUAAAAGUUGUUGAAAAUAACUACUGUGCUUCAAAAAGAGGUGGAGUUCGAUGUCUAUCGAUUCUGAAUGCCGUCUUUGCUAUCAUAUUUGGUCUACUUGCAUUGUUUCUUGGCUCUAGCCUCCUAACACAAGGAAGCUCCUGCUCUUUGCCCUUGUUCUGGUGCUAUGAGUUUGGAUCUUGGGGGAUGGUUGUUCUAUAUGGAGGAACUGCCUUCUUUCUAAGAAGGAGAGCAGCUGCAAUCCUUGAUGAGGGUGAGUUUGGCGGUCGAAACCUAGGUCUUGAAAUGUUGGAGAACCCCGUAGAAGUGUCACCAGAGGUGGAAAGGCGGGUUAACGAAGGGUUUAAAGCAUGGAUGGGGUCUUCACUCCUAUCUUCUGAUGAAGAAGAUGAACCUAACAGUUAUUAGGAACUUCCCACAUAUCUCCAACUCUAACAUGUGAAUGGUUUGGCAUUUACGUGAAGCCUUUCAGAACUAAACAAGUUUCGGCGGACUUUUUGACAACUUCAGAAGAGGAUAGAAUAGUUUGAAAUUCAACUUUGGCUCAUCAAAGAUGCCAGCUUUGAAAUGGUUCUAGUAAUGAUGUAACACAAAGUGAAUGCUGAUUGCCCGACUUUAGGAUCAUGUCGAUUUUGUAACCUUUGUUGCGCGUGCCCUCUUUGAUAGCCUGUGAAUAUCUAACCAGAUCUCUUCUCUCUC